AAUAGUGUUGUGAUCAUCUCGAUUCAGUUAUAUCAAAUAAUAAUUCGAUUGAUGAUAGUUAAUGUCACAUUUCACGAGCUUUUUCUGUCACUAGCUAGAGCUUGGCGCCUUAUAAGGAGAGGAAUACAGCACCUACAUUAUAUUAUAAACUGUUACAGUGUUGUGUACAUAAGAGAUUUUAAUUUUAUGAUGGCUAUUAUUAUUCUCGAAUAUUAUGACAUACAUAAAUCUUUUAUAAUAGUAUUUCAGAAAUAAAAAACAAUUAUAAUGCAUUUAUAUCUUUACACUUUUAUAAAAACGUAAUUCUACAGCUCAUAAGAAAUUGUGAGGAGGAGAGGUAACAGCACGAGAGUGGCGAUUACUCGGCCAGGAACAAGAUGGUUCACAGAUCCUCACAUGGAUAUCAACAGCAAAGGAUGAUAAGGAAGUUCAGAACAUUGGUGUCUAUGCCAAUAAAACUAAAACAUUGUCUAUACUCCACACAUUUGAUGAUAAACUGAACAUAAUCCAAGCUUCUGUGAAUGCCACACACACUCUACUAGCCUAUGUGGUGAAGACACUACCAACAGAUGAUUCAGAAGUAAAGGAACCUCUAUACUGCCCAUUUCUGAUCUGCUUGCUUCCUGAUAAAGAGCGAGUGCCUGAAGAAGUUGAAGAGUGCUCUACGAAGCAGAUAAUGCUGCAGUAUGUUUAUGGAAAGACCAAUAAGUACAGUCCCGGUAUAAGGAAUGAUAGAUUCUUGCUUUUUAAACAUUUAGAGUGUAUAAAGAUCUACCGCACCCCAAUGUUUUUAAAUGAGUUUGAUGAUGGGACAGAGAAAUGGGGCUUUGACGGCAUCUACCCUGAACCUGAGACCAUUGUCAAAGUAUUCUCAUGGGCGCAGUGGGACUGUGUCAAUCAGGUCCUCUACUACAUCCAUUUCCGUCAAUCAGCGCAGAGCUUCGCGGAGGGCGAGGAGGUGAAGUCUCCGUCGGAGGCAACGCCGACGCUCUCCGCGUUGCAGUUCCACGCUGACCUGCCUCACGAGACUGUCAUGAACAUCCCGCUAAGCCUGCCGAACGUGUCGAGUUCGUCUGAAGGCGCGGCUUGCGGCGCGUACGAGGACGACCCCAUCCCGCUGCGCGUGCACGACUGCAGCCUCGACCUGCAGAUAGUGUGCGACCAGCGCGGCAUACUGUGCAUCUGCCAUCACUAUCUGUACAAGCCCUUAGACGACUCGACCACAUCCCUAGUGAUGGAAGACAGCGCGGACCUGAAGGACUCUGGUGUGAACUUCGCGUACUCCAUCACGCUGCUGCAGCACGGGUGCGUGGUGCACAGCGUGGUGCCGGACCUGCCGUGGGCGCUUGCCAAGUCACUACGCCCUUCCUACACGCUAUAUGAAGAUAACCAUCUUCUGGUGAACAUUCCGAUGCUAUACACCCAUCUGAUAGACAUCAGCCUCUACCACGAGCCGUGCUGCCAUAUCGUUAUACCCGUAGAUGAGCGCGAGAGCGGGCCAAGCCUGGCGCCCAUCCUCGGCUGGGGGCCGCACGCGAUGGUCGACCUUAACACCCUAGACAUAGUGACUGUUUCCGUCGCCGAUAAGGACCUGGCUGCUACAUUUAAGAGCAACACGGCGAUAGAGAACAAGCUGGCGAUCAUGCACUAUCUGAUACUGCACGAGGGGAACAUGGACUUGGCUGAAGAGCUGGUGUCGUGGUCGUGCGUGUCGCAGCGCGAGGGUCUGUGGGGGCUGCAGCGCGUGCUGCAGGAGUACCUGGUGGGCACGACGCAUGCGCUCACGCGCCGCUCGCUGCCCGCCUCCGCGCUGCCGCUGUGCAACAUGCUGCCGUUCACGCUGCACCUCAAGUUCGCUGACGUCAAGGUGCGCAACAUGUGCGUGUCGGUGUCGCAGGAGAAGCUGUGGAACAGCGCGGCGGUGGUGCUGGCGCCGAGGCAGCGCGUGUGCCAGUUCGCGGAGGACGUGUGGACGCGCGUGUGGGCGCGCCUCACGGACCGCGCGCCGCCGCGCCUCGCGCCGCAGCAGGUCCUCGACAAGCUGCGCGUCAGUCUGCACUGCUACCAGCCGGAGGCGCUGUCGCGGUGCAGCACGCCGCUGUCGCCGAGCGCGGCGGGUCCGGCGCUGGGCGCGCCGCAGCGCCGCUCGUCGGUGGGCAGCGGACAGGACCUGCUGCCCUUCUUCGAACUAGACGUCUGCACUGCUAGCAAGCAAGAGCAUAUUAUUGCCGCGAACCUACGCGAGGUGAGCGUGCACCUGAUGCGCGAGUGCAGCGGGUCGGGCGGGUCGAGCGGGGCCGGGGGGGCGGGCGCGGGUGGCGCGAGUGGUGGUGGUGGUCGCGGCGUGGAGUCGGGCGUGCACGCGGUGGCGACGCGCUGGGCGUCGGCGCAGCUGGACGCGUCGCGCGCGCUGUGUCGCGCCGUGACGCGCGCCGCCGCCGCUGCGCCCGCGCACAACCAGCAUCGCGGCUUCACAUUCAUCGAUGAGAUGGAGCCAACGCACGCAUUCCUGCUAUUCAAGAUCCUCGAGCAAUACUACCUGGCGGCGGACUCGAUCGCGUUCCCGCUGCCGCAGGGGUUCAGCUCGUUCUUCACGUACCUGGGGUACCGCGCGCUGCCGUUCCACGCGUUCGUACAAUACGUGCACAGGAACGUGUUCGAGCUGCAGAUAGACGUCAUGAAAGCUAUUAUUGCUUGUAAGGACGACGAGAGCAAGACUGCGGUGAAUAACAAGCUGCGGCUGAUCCAGCUGGUCGGCGAGGGCCGCGCACGGCGUGCGCUUGCGGCGUGGGGCGGCCGCGCCGCACUGCUCGUGCGCGCGCGCGACCACGCCGCCACGCUGCUCAGCGGCGGCGCCAGCCACCACCACGAGCACGCGCGCCACCGCCCGCUCAGCGACACCGCUGGAAUUGCCGCCCUGCCCUCUGGCGAGCGUCUCUCCCCAUUGGACACUUUUUUGGAUCUUCUGACAGCCAAGGCAAGCCUCAACGAAUUGGACUUCAACCUUAUAAUAGAAGCUACCUUAGCGUCUGUGCAACAGGAUAACUCUGCGUAAACGUGACAUUUAAUCUACUGGAGAUUUCAUUAAUAUUUCAUAUUUAUUACUUAAUAUCUUUAAGACCUCAUGCGUGCAAAGAAAUGUGGGUAGAAUAGCUAGACUUAGGUCAGGCCCAGUAUGGCGUAUGUACUUAAUUUUGUACUUUUUGAUCUCUAUUAACGUGACUUAUAGAAUUAUGAAUAAAUACGGGAAAAUUACUUUCAAUAUGAAUAUUCUAUGAUUAAUAUGUUUUUUGUGUUCCAUAUAUAUGUGCGUCGCUAUUACGGUAUCACAAGCCAGGCCUGUCAUAAAAGAUCUCUAGCGUGCUGGACCACCAACCAGGCGUGUUAUAAUAAGGGCUAUAGUCUAAGAGCCCGUGAACCCCAGACCUUCGUUAUUUUAUAAAAGCUGAAAGUUUGUCAGCGCAUGCUCCCAACACAGGUAACAACGAUGGGCCAUUAUGAAGUUUGGGCUACAGUGGCUUUGGCAGGUACACGGUACUAAAGGUGUGUAAAAGGUGUGUGUGUAUCAAAAACGUCUGGCUAACGAGGAAACAUUAUUUACUUAUUACCCAAGUACUAUAUAUAAAAAUCAGCUUUUAUACUAUAACGUAAAUAAAAUUUAAUUUCAUGAACAUUAAGGGUGUCUGGCAAGGGAUUGCCACGAUGUUAAGUGUCUGUCAAUGAAUAACGUGAUUUUUAAUAAUUUUCUGAUGGUAAUACCAUAAAAUCUCUCUUUAUUAUUUGAUGAAACUAGAUCGGCAUUUUACACACCUUUAGUACCGUGUACCUGCCAAAGCCACUGUGGCCCAAACUUCAUAAUGGCCCAUCGUUGUUACCUGUGUUGGGAGCAUGCGCUGAUAAACGUUCAGCUUUUAUAAAAUAACGAAGGUCUGGGUUACACGGGCUCUUGCUCUACUACAACAGCGCGGCAAAAUACAUACAUGUGUUGUGCAGGCUAUAUACCAACUUCGUGUGGGCCGUAUGCUUGUAGCGCUAAUUUCACACGUUAGGUGAGUGGAGACGCACUGGCGUUAGCGUCGUGAUAAACACGCCAGGUGUAAAGCCCGGGUGGUAAUUCAUUGUUUUGAUGCCUCAGUCAACGCGUCAUAGAUCAUUAAAAUAAUAUUGUCAACAGCAGUUUAAUAUAUUGUAGAACAGUUUUUAAUUGAAUGGUCUAGUAUUAUUUUUGUUUGCUGUAGUUUACUUUGCACACCUGUCUUAUUCAGAAGAACUGACAUCUAUGUACUUUAGUUAACUGCACUUGAUGUGUAUGACUUUGUUUUGUCUGCAUUCCUUAUAUAUUCUAUUUUUAUAUCAAUUACAUGUGGUAUUUUGCACUUUAAAACAUUUUUGAAUUCUAAGUACUGUAUUUUCUGAUUUUAAAUUUUAUUUAAAAUGUAGAAUUAUAAUUUUGUAUAAUUUCACAUAUAUCCAAUAUGGAGUUUGUCUUAAGUUUUUACCAAAGAAGCACAAAGAUUAGAUUAAUUGGCUGUAGCGUGACAUUCCAUUUAUGUGCAAUUCAUAUGUGCAAUAUUUUAGAAUAAAUGUGACAAAAUAAAACAAUAAAAAAUAU